CUUGCAAAUGUUCCAGACAUGGAACAGAAUCCUGCAACUCCCCAACAGGCCCCUGUGUGUGUAAGAGUGGAACACAGGGAGCUCACUGUGACCAGGAUGUCAAUGAAUGUCCAGGGAACCCAUGCCCUGCCCACUCUACCUGCAUCAACACCUGGGGGUCCUUUUACUGUGUCUGCUGGAAUGGAAGUAAUGUUGAUCCUUCAGGAUUCUGUAAUGUAUGUCCUUCAUUUAUGUACGGAGAUGAGAUUUGCAACCGUACCUGCCCCUGCAGUGCUGACAACACCCAGUUCUGUGACAAUGUCAACGGCAUCUGCUUUUGCAAACCAGGCUGGGUGGGUCGUGGAUGCUCAGAAGAUCGGGAUGAGUGUCGAAAUCCGAGAAUGUGUCCCAGGAACUCUGACUGCAUCAAUGUGGCUGGGAAAUACUUGUGUGAAUGUCAUUCUGGAUACGUCAUGAAUAGGGAAACUAAUCUGUGUGAAG